UACACGAAGAUAAAACUGAGUGAACUUUGCCCCAAAUCCAAGUUGGAAAAACAACUGGGGUAUAAAUAGCAGAGAGCAGCAGGAGGGUGUUUAUUAAGAGGACUGAGGACAGAGGCAAAGAACUGAAGAACUACAGAGAAUCUGAAAUCCAUUGCAGCGAUGUGGACAGGACUGAGCCUGGUCCUGGCCCUCUCCCUUCUGCCCAGCGGCAGGCCAGAGAGUGAAGGCGAAGGCAGCCACUGUAAGAAGCCCCCAGACUGGACCAUCAGAAAGGAGAGCCCUAUGCUGCAGUCACUGGGACAAGUGACAGUGGUGGCGCUCCUCCAGGCUAGCUGACCUUUCUGUUUGGUGCAGGCAUCCAGAAUAGAUGACCUGCGUCUGAAGUUAGAGCAGCGGGGCCUGAACAACAUAUCCUACAUGAUUGUGAAUUCCCAGGAUCACAAGUCUCGUCAUAUGUAUCCCCUUCUCAGGAAUAAGGUUUCUGUGAAUAUCCCUGUGUAUAAUCAUGACAACCUCCAGGAAGACGUCUGGAAACUCCUGUCUGGUGAUAAAGAUGACUUCCUCAUCUAUGACAGAUGUGGCCGUCUGACUUCCCACCUUGGUUUGCCUUAUUCGAUACUUACCUUUCCGCAUGUGGAGAAAUCAAUCAUACAAGCAUACUGUAAUAGCAUCUGUGGAAACUGUUCAUUUGAGAGCCCUGAUGACAUACCAGUGUGUAACAACACUGUGAUGGCAACAGAGAAGCCAGAAGAGGCCACUGAAAAUCUUGGCAGACACCACAGCCAUGACCACGAGCACAGCAGAGAUGGGGGCCACGAUCAUUCCCACGGCAGACAGCAUGGCCACGAUCACUCCCACGGCAGACAGCAUGGCCACGAUCACUCCCACGGCAGACAGCAUGGCCACCGCCGUGGGCAGAGUCACCAAACACAAAGAUUCUCCCAGAAUCAUAGGGACUUGUCCCAGCAGCAGGUUGUGGACAUCCCUUUUUUUCUGCAGAGACCUUGAAAGAAAGAGCUAGUCACAUGAAAAAAUCAGUACAAGUGAGAGUUGCAGCAAGGGGCAUCUGACCUUGCUUCUUUCAGCUGAUGCUGACACUGACGUCAGCUGUUCAACAGCGAGGCCUCUGAAAAGGCAAACCUCUGACACUGCAAGGAAAAGCUUCCGGCUUCCUGACAGUGACAAGGGUAUCAGGGCGAGUAUCAGGUCAGGGAAACCUGACAGUGACGCUUGCCCUCUUCCUCUUGACAGCUGUCAACAGCAGCAGGUCAGCAGGAGCAGCCAGUAGAAAGCAAAAGCCCCUGAAAGUGACCACAAGGGUUAAACACCUGACAGUGACAGAACCAAGAGCAGUAAAUGUUCCCACACAGGGAACAAUGUGAUAUUGCCCUGAGACAAACAACAUCCUUGUCCAGGUGUUCUACUUAAUUCCAUAGAAUUUGUAUUGCAUUGUCUAUUGAAUCCCAUCCCAUAGAGCAGCAGUGCCUGUAGAACACCAAUCUUCUUGUCACUGUUAGGGGUAGGACCUAUUUUCACUUCUUACCAACUAGUAUGGGCUAUCUGGUUAGAAUAUGUAUCUUGUUACUUUUCUCCCUAAAUGUUCUAUUUUCUUAAAUGAUGACAUGUGCAUAAACUAAGCACUAGGAGCGCAUGUUUGAAGCCAGGCAAAUGAGAGCGGGGGAAAUAUACAAGAGACAUACUAAUUAAGUUUAACAUGAAAGAGUAUGAGAACAGUCCCAAAAAUCAGCCAAUAUAUUGGCACAAUAUGUAUAAAUAUAGGUGCAAACAUUUGAAUGGUGAAUGAACAGGCUUAGAUUGUUUUUAUUAUUGUUUUACAUCUUCAAAUCCUAAAUUCUGGAGGAAAAAAAAUAGUUUUAUUUCUGAUUCUAAAAUGUUACUAAAGCACAGAUACAGCCCAGUAAUGUGAUGAACUGUAUUAAACUUUCUCACCUGUGCUACAAAAAGUCUGUGGAACAAUGGGACCUAUUCAUAUAGUUUAACUCAUGAGCUGUUUACAGAAUGCCUUUUUAAAUAAUCUGUUUUUGAUACAUUAAUAAAUGUUUUCGACUAUAUUUAACUUACAGCCUAAAACAGUUUAUUGAAUAUAAAAAGCUUCUUUAAAUAACUCACAAGUUAAGUUUUGUGUAUAGGACCCAAUAUGUUAAAAGAAAGACAAAUAAAUCUAAUAUUGCUGUUUUAUUAUUGUAAAAAAUGUAUGUUGAGCUGAAGCAACAGUUAAAGAAAAGAAUGUGUAGGUGUUGUUUGAAUGCAUUCUCCAUACUUAAUGAAGGUUUCUAGGCAAACAAAUACUCCUAGAAUAUCUGAUAAUCUGUACAGUUAAUGCUAACAAACAAGAAUGUUGAAAAGUGUAUCAGUAGACUGUCGCUGAAAAAGCUUGUUUUGAAUGUUUCAAUAAAUCUUUUUUUAAUUGAAA